UGUGUAUAAUCCUCAAACACUCUCUUUUGCCCUGUGCAUGUGUAUACGCGUACCGCGACGCGUCGCGUCUUGGGCCUCUUGGUGAACGCGAUGGGCGCGACAUCCGCAAAAGAUAUUCCUUUUGAAGAAUUCUGUAAAUCAAUCAAGAUACUCGCCAGCGACAAAUCACUAUGCGCCCCUGAGACCAUCUUCAAAUCAUGGCUUCAAAGCCUUCCAAGACCCUUCCCACCUCACACGGGCAAACACCUCUUUCGCCUUCUCUUCCCCAACAAAGGCUCCAGACGACGGUAUGGCACAAAAGAAAUGAAAUUAUCGCGUACCCUCGAAGACGUGCUCGGACUACGCGGUCUCCUAGCCCAGUGGGACAGCGUCAAUUGGGACCCCAGAACAGAGGCCGGCACGGGCUGCCUUGGCCGGGAGGUAGAGAUCCAGAUGGAAUUGAGACUCGCGUACAAGCACGAAUCACAAUUCUCGCUCCGUGAACUCGACUCGCUGCUAGACGAACUCGCCUCGGACAAUCAUUUUUCCCAACUCUCCCAAGUCCAGUCCCAAACCCGCUCGCCUACCGAUAUCCUCAUUGAGCUCUACCGUCACGCAAAACUGAGCCCCUAUGCACUCUCUGUGCUCACACAAAUCAUCCUGCAAGACCUCCGACCCUUGUUGGACCCGUUACCAAGGCUGGAGGGUGGUCGGUGUCCAGGUAGCUAUCUAAGGAUCAAGAGCAAUACGAGAACCAAGCAACUCACCAUGCGAGGGGCGAUGAUGGGAUGGGAUCCGAGAAUGUGGGCGUAUUAUAAGGGCGGCAGAGGAAACAUGGACGUUUGUGCGGAUCUGGUAGAGGAGCUUGCAGCUACCAAAGCAUCAGUUGCGGCAGAGUCUCAAGUCGGCGUCAAUGUUGAAAUUACCAAAUGCAGACAAGGUCGCUCCAUCUCUGAUGCUCUCAAACCAUUUCAAUCAGGUGCGGGAAGACAGGCUGCAGGUGCUAUAUGGGCCGAGACCAAAUACGAUGGUUAUAGAAUGCAGAUUCACGUUGAGCUGGUGGGAGACAAGCCAAAGAUUACAAUAUUCAGCAAAUCCAUGCGAAACUGCACCGACGACAGAAUCAACGCACACGCUAUCAUAUGCCACGCCCUCAAUCUCCCUUGCAACCCCAAACUUCCCAAACACUCCUCUCUCGCCUCCAAACUCGCCGCCCUUCAGCAAUCCGGUCAAUCUCGUCCCCACAGCCGGAUCAAGAAAUCGGUCAUUCUGGAAGCUGAAAUCGUGCCGUACAAUGAGCAAGAUCGCGACGGGGGAAGAGGUCCGGGUAUAGAGGAAUUCUGGCAGAUCAAGAAUGCCGGCGUAGGGGCCCCUUCCGCUACAUCCUCCGCGUCAGGGCGUUGGGAUAACCAAAGCAGACACGUUUGCUUGGUCUUUUUUGAUUGUCUCCACGUGGACGGAAGGAAUCUGCUGCACACGCGGUAUGACGAGAGGAGGCGCAUAUUGGAAAAUGCCAUUGUACCUAUCCCAGGUUUUAGCAUGUUGGCCGAAAGGACCAAGAUCAGGGUCGCUCUCAGGCCAGAUCAUCUCGUUCAGCGGGACCUAGAUGAUCUCUUCAAUGCUAGCAACCUCGCUCGGGAGGAAGGACUCGUCCUCAAAGCUGCCGAGUCGACCUACGCGGCCAUGCAGUGGCCAUGGGUCAAGUUGAAGAAGGAUUAUAUCGAGGGGAUGGGUGAUUGUGUUGAUUUGGUGAUGGUUGGGGCAGGAUGGGAUGUUGAUCGCGCGCGCGAGUUGAGGGUGGACACGUCUGUCUUUACGACCUUCUACUUGGGCGUGCACGACAGUCACCCAGCCCGCGGACCGCCCAAAUCCACCACGCUAAUCGAGUCUGCCAUCUCCGCCGGGCAACACGGGAAAGGCCUACCACUUAUCAGGAUCCUCUUUGCGGUCUCGUACGGUCUCACCAGAGAUAUGCUCGAGCACUACAAUGCGCUGAUCCGUAUGGGGCGGUGGAAGAGUAGACCAUUUGACAAGGAUGAUCCGCUGAAGAAGCGAUGUAUUGGGUUGUCCUACAACUAUACCUUUGAGAAAUCCCUGUCAUCACUACCGUCGGUGCUAUUCAACGAUCCGCUCUGUGUAGAGGUCAUGGGCGCUGGGUUCCAAAAGAUUCCCGGUUCCGAGCUGUUUGAGCUCAGGUGGCCUAGGCUGCAAAAGAUCCAUGAGAAGAAGGAUAGAGAGUGGACUGAAGCUCCCAAAUCCAGCGAGUAUGUCGCCAUCGCUCAUGCUUCCUUGGGAUGGCAAGCUGCGCAUCCCGACUCGCACCCCCGACCUUCCUACCCGCAAGUCUCCCCCUUCCGUCAACUCCGCCACCGCCGCCAUUCUCCCACUCCCGAGUCUUCUUCCUCUACCGAAUGGCUAGACAAUCAUUGGCACUCCUGCUCGACCCUCCAGUUGAUCGAUAAGCCUGAUUUCUCCUUCACGCCAAGCCCGGCAAAGAGGUCGAACUCGGCCCCGGAGCUCGGGCAAGGGUAUGAGGCAGAAAAGGAGACGAGUCAGGAGGGUCCAGCGAAGUUCAAGAGGGAAGCGACACCUUUUGACAGAAUGGGAUCGCCGAGAGAAUCACCUCUUGAACAGAGGCAUUCGCCGACAAAGUCGCCUCUACAUAUAAGAGGCACGACUUUGAAUGCCUCUGGAAAGACCAACCGUGGCCCCGCUCAUAAAUUCUGGGAUGCCAUCUCUCACGGCUCAAAGAACAACCGCGCGGCAAACUCACAGAUGGACGGGAGGGGUCUGAGUUCUGCCAUCGUCAUUGACGAUGAUGAACCACCUGCUCUUAGGAGCGGGAUGAGCCCCAAGAAGAGGCGAAGGCUUGAACCGCCUGUCCCUAUCAAAGCUCACAAGGAGGUGCUCCAGCCAGCACAGCCGCCGGUGUGGGAUGGUGGAGGGGCGGAAUCAUGGUCUUCGGUGGUGACUUCGCCUUCGCAGCCCGCGCGAUCGCUUCCGGCUAUCGAGAGACAGCCACUCUCCCCUGUCCAGCAAAGCAAUCACUCCGACGUGAGCAAUAUGGUUACCACUUUCUUGAAGGACCCAGCUAGAGAGGGUAUCAAGGCGGUGAAGAAACAGGCGACAGAUAAGGACGCAAACCGGGAGACGAAGAAGACGUGGGACAAACCGCAGACGUUAUUGUCCAGGUGGCGGGCGAGAAAGAAGAGGGAAAAGGCGGCUCUCGCAGAGAAGGCUCAGGUACAGAAAGAGCUCAAAAGAGGAGAAUUAGAACAAGAGCAGGAGAUGGUCCAACCGCCGCUAGCGGUAUUUUCUUGACCUCUCUCCGUGUCACAUAACACAAUUCCAUGCUCAGGUGCCACCACGGACAUGAUAUACCAGGA